AUGGCCUACACGCAAGCUUUCUUGCAGUUCAAUGUCCUAACUUCUCCUCUUAGAGUUAGGCCACAGUGGGGAGUGGGGACCACCAAAGCAAAGCACAUUGUGUGCAAGGCAGAGAAGGAUGAUGUGGAAGAGGGUGCAGCCACCACCCUUAGUCAUGUCUCUCGCCGAUUGGCCCUCGGCACUGCCCUCAUCGGCGGUGCCGCUGCUGCUGGUGGCUCCAAGGUCUCACCUGCUGAUGCUGCUGAUGCUGCUGAUGCAGAACUCUCUUUCCAGGAACCUGGUGAACGACUUUACUCUGUAGAAAUUACCACAUUACCAGCAAUAACUUGCGAGGAAUAUCCUUCAUCUGUUAUCGAUGCUCUUUCUCUCAAGCGAAACAGUUUUCCCAAGGGCUUCGUUUUCGGGACAGCAUCCGCGGCCUACCAGUACGAAGGAGCGGCGUCUGAAGGUGGAAGAAAACCUAGUAUAUGGGAUGUAUUCACUCACAAGUAUCCAGAGAAGAUAAGGGACAGAAGUAAUGGAGAUGUAGCAAUUGAUGAAUACCACCGUUACAGGGAAGAUAUUAAGAUAAUGAAGGAUAUGAAUCUGGAUGCAUACAGAUUCUCCAUCUCAUGGUCUAGAAUAAUACCAAAUGGAAAGGUCGGUGAAAACGAGGAGGGUGUAAAUCAAGAAGGAAUCGCUUAUUACAAUCGCCUCAUUGAUCAUCUCAUAGCCAACGGUCUAAAACCAUAUGUGACACUUUUUCACUGGGAUCUUCCCCAAGCUUUAGAAGAGGAGUAUGGAGGUUUUUUAUCCCCUAAUGUUGUGAGUGAUUUUCGAGACUACGCAGUUUGUUUCAAAUACUUCGGAAACAGGGUGAAACAUUGGAUUACCCUAAACGAACCAUGGUCUUAUAGUAAUAAUGGUUAUGCAGUUGGAACCUUUGCACCAGGUCGAUGCUCUGAAUGGCAAGAUUCAACUUGUCUCGGAGGUGAUCGGAAGAACACAUAUAUAGUUACACAUAAUUUACUACUUGCUCAUGCAGUGCUUGUAGAUCUGUAUCAGGAAAGAGUUCCAGAAACUGAAUCAGAUAAAGAUGCUGCUAAACGUGCACUUGACUUCAUGUUGGGUGUAAGUGCUUUAACUCUGCAUAAGAAUAUGCAUUCUCAACAUUCGAUGUUUUGA